GGCGAAGGGCCGAAGGUUAUUCAGGAAACGUGGGUAGCUUGAACCACGACACAGGAAGAGUUACCAAUGAUUGAAGAAUGCAGAGGCUUGAAAAAGACUGGCGAUACUCAAAACAAGGGGGCAGAGGACUCACACACAAGCUAUGAGCUUGCCCCAUCGUUUAAGUGUGUAGAGCCGGAUAUCAGCUAUGAGCUGGCUCAACUUUCUGAGACCAUCAAGCCAGAUGUUAGCUAUGAGUUGGCUCAACUGUUUGAGACUCCCGAUCUGGACCUGGGUUGUGAGCUUGCCCAGCCAUUUGAGUCUGUUGACCCGGAUGUCGGCUACAAGCUGGCUCAUCCUUUUGGGACCGUCGAGUCGGACGUCAACUAUGAGCUGGUGCAACUAUUUGGGACCAUCGAACAUGAUGACGAUUAUGACUUAGCUCAACUCUUUGAGGCCUCCGAACCGCGUAUCGACUAUGGGCUUAACCAACUGUUGGAGACCGUCGAGCCGGACGACGGCUAUGAGCUUGCACAACUGUUUGAGGCCCUCGAGUCCGACGUCGACUAUGAUCUUGUCCAACUGUUGGAGACCAUCGAUAGGUCCGAAAACGAUGUUGGGUAUCGUUUUAAGAGUCAAAAGCUGGUAAUUAUGAAAGAUAUUGGAGAUUUCAUAAUGGAUCAAUGCACGACGCUUUAAUGUCGGCAUCUUACUUGGCGUGGCUGAUCGUCUCAUUACGUUUGAUCUUUAUGGUGGCGCGAGCUCCUUGUGGGUCCGUACAAGCCUGUCAUGCGAUCUGUCAUGCGAUGUCUUUCCUAUACUCUUUCAAGCCUUACUGGUUGGGUGGAGAAUGGGUGCAAGGAGGAGAAGGACGUUCGUAAACGGGGGAGGUAAAACUCGAAAGUUCGGAGGCCCGAUGUUCGAAGAAGGAGGUACUUCAGCAUUUAUCAAACUGAUCCUGCCGACUAAGCGUAUGAGCAAAAGAAAAUUUUACUUCCACAAGUGGCGAGACAAAACCAAAGUCCGCUCGAAUCUGGCAACGCGGGAGUGGUUGAAAGGACAACCUAGGGAUAAAAUGCAGAAAGCUAA